CCAAGUUCCCAUAUACAGUUCGGGUCGGGUCAAAUCCCGAGUUUUCCCUCAUCUCUCUCAACUCGCCUAUAGUCAUUCGUAUGAGGCAGCAAGGACAGACGGACUUCCAUUGUCGAGGAACAGUCGAGAAUUGAGCAAAGAUGACGGAGGCGAUGAUAAGGAAGAAGCCAGGCAUGGCGAGCGUGAAGGACAUGCCGCUUCUUCAAGACGGACCGCCGCCCGGAGGUUUUGCUCCGGUACGGUUCGCCCGUCGGAUUCCCAACACCGGUCCCAGCGCGAUGGCCAUUUUCCUCACUGCUUUCGGCGCCUUCUCUUGGGGUAUGUAUCAGGUCGGCCAAGGGAACAAGAAGCGCAGGGCAAUAAAGGAAGAAAAGUAUGCUGCUCGAAGGGCUAUACUACCCAUGCUACAAGCUGAAGAGGAUGAAAGGUUUGUCAAGGAAUGGAGAAAGUAUGUAGAAGAAGAGGCAAGAAUAAUGAAGGACGUUCCUGGUUGGAAAGCGGGUGAGAGUGUGUACAACUCAGGGAGAUGGAUGCCCCCUGCUACUGGUGAGCUUCGUCCCGAAGUCUGGUAAGCUUGUCUUUGUAACCAGCCAAUGCCAAACUGUCUCGUUCCCUACUGUCUUCUGGGCGUGCAUGUAAUAACGUGUGUGCCUUUUAAGUUGUGUUCAAAUUGUCUGGAAAGGUCCUGUAGAUUUUCUCUUCUUUUGCCAAAAUAAUUUUAAUAUGUUCCCAUGAGAUAUGGGACUAAUGGGAGUAUGAAUAGGUAUAACUCUACAAGUUUCAUAUCCUCUUGUUUGAUGAGUAUACAUAACUUUGUGGAUUUCGUUAUUGUAUUAAUGGCAUUUGGUGUUAUCGUUGUUGUGGGUUUGUGAUGAACGAUAUUCUAAUCAAACAAGAGAUAACUU